AUGCUACCGUUCGAGGAGCGACACCGCAAGGCCGACAACAACCGCAAGAUCUACAUUGCCGUCGCUGCCCUGGCCGUCGCCGCCGGGCUCGUUUGCGCCGUCUCCUCCUCCACCGAACACUCCGCUGCGGCCGCGGUAAAUCUCGCUGCUGUGACGGCUAUCGAGCCACGCUCUCCCGUUGUGUGGGUCCUUCUUUCCGCCAGAUAGAACAGGGAGGGUACGGUUAGGAAGACGUGACGCGUCGAGGUACAAUUUUGAUCUCCAUGCGUGUCAGGCCCACCGUUAUAGAGUUGGCUGUCCCCCCCAGUUCACGACGUCGUCCCUUCGAAACACGACACGCUCGAAAGCGGUAUCAAUUGCUUGGGAGUCGGCAGCGCAAACAAGUCUCGGGUAGCAAUUUUCAGUUUUCCUGCAUAGCUGGCACGGAACCGUCGAGACUUUGGGGAAUGCCACACACUGUCUAGGAACAGAGGCGUGAUGGGCGGCGAAAGGUUCACGCCCCCAAGGCAAGCAAACCCAGCCUUAAGCUGCCGUCCGUGGUCAUUACAUUUCAGACAUGAAGAUGGAACAAAUGAAUUUUUGGAGACGAGGUGAUCGCUGCGGGGUGUGCGUCGCAGCGCAGGAUGUAGACCGUGUUGCUCUGUACAAAAUAAAUAGAAGACCGGAUAUAUGUGUUGUCUCUUGUGUUUGUUUUCUGACGGACAAAAUGCACCGGGGGGUGUGGGUUGGAGGCGCGUUUCUGUUUUCAAGCAUGCCACCGGGCAUGUGUCAUGUUGCUGAUUUUGCCUGGCGACCGCAACGUGAGGCCUGAUACCCACUGGGAAUGGAGAAUCGAACGUCGUCUUUCCCCGAUGAGAUGUACCGGCGAGAUUGUAUGUUGCCUCGAUGAUGCUGAGCUGUGAGGACGGUGGAUUGGAAGCUAGACUGACUCCACAGGAUACGAACAAAUCUGCGGGGUAGGUGGGUCGUUGUCGUUCUUUUCGUGGCUGUGGUGAGUUAUGUUAGGGCUGACGUUUCUUUCCGUUGACCUGAGGGUUUUUCGGAGAGCUUCAACAAGGAAAAACGAACGUCGGAAGCGUAAGGCAGUUUAGGUGUUUGGCAUGCUGCGGUUGAAAUUGUCGGUGUUUCGAAUUCGGAGGCGAGCGACAGCAUAGACAGUCAGCGGGAGGGUUAUCCUUCAUCACUGGGCGAUUGCGCGUGCUCUUGUUCGCCGCUCUCUAGACGUUGUGGUGUCGUAAUCUUGCCAACGUACGGCUUCAAUCUGUCCAAAUCGUGCUUUCUACACACGAACUAGAUGGGCCGAACACGCACACAGCCAACCAGCUGAUCUGUGCAGACGUGUGGAGAGAGGCGCUUGUCCGGGGGUGUCUGAAAGUACGAUUUACCCAUUCAGCAUUUGCGAUGGACAGCAUCGGUUCUUGAUGCAGAAUACGCGCUGAUCCAGAACCUCUUGUUUUGAUCGACCCUCGUGGCCGAUCUCCUCCACGAGUAAACCGAGGAGACCACUAGCUUUGGUACUUUUUUUGCCGCGUGGUGUCCAAGUUCUUAUUUCCUCCGUGAGGAAACCAAGGAGAGUGCCGACUAUAAUGUUUUGUACCGGGUGUCCCAGUUUUUGUACUUGUCU